UCCUUGUUGCCUGUUGGUGAAUCACUUUUUGACAGAUCACCAUCAGCGCGAGUGUGUGUGUAUGUUGUAGAAUUUGGAUAGCGUGCAAAUUUUCCGAAUUUUUACACAAAAUUACAAAAUAAGUUGGAAAUGAAAAUUUGGACCAGUGAACACAUUUUUAAUCAUCCUUGGGAAACUGUGGCCACAGCGGCCUGGAGGAAAUACCCUAACCCCCAUAAUCCAGCUGUAAUCGGAACCGAUGUAGUUGAAAGAAAAGUGGUCGAUGGAGUUCUACAUACACACAGACUUGUCAGUUCGAAGUGGUACUUUCCGAGAUGGACGCAAGCUUUAAUCGGAUCGGCAAAAAUUUGCUAUGCGAGUGAAAAGUCUGUGGUGAAUCCAUCCGUACGAAAAAUGAUCCUGAAUACUGUGAACUUAACAUUUUGUCGAUACGUGGCCGUCGACGAGACUCUAUGUUACACACCCCACCCGACAGAUCCCGGCAAAACACUACUGAAACAAGAAGCCGUGGUGACCGUUCAAGGCGUACCCCUAAAUAACUACAUGGAAGACUUGCUCACGAACAAAAUUUCUCUAAACGCGGGGAAGGGAAGACAGGCGAUGGAAUGGGUCAUAGGAAAAAUAAACGCUGAAGUGAAAGAUUUCACUAAGAGUACUGACGAAAUUUUGCACCAAACUAAAAAAUCAUUAGACGAUAUUACUAGUACAGCUAAAAAGUCAAUGGACGACAUCUCACAAAAAGCGAUGAAAAGUUUAGACGAUAUACAACCACUAAGGCAGAAAUUUUAAUAUUGAAAGUGUUUAGCAAAAAAUUAAUUCUGUUGUAUGACUGCAACAAGUAUUAUUGUUAUUUACAUUUUUUUAUAAUGUGCCUUUCUAAAUCUAGAGAGUAUAUAAUAUUUAUUUAUUACUAGAACUUUUAAUAUUGUAUGUACUUCAGUGUAAUUAUUGUAUGAAUGUGUGAGUGACGUCAACAACAUUCCCUUCGUAAGAAUGUUAAUCUCAAAUGUAAAUAUUUCAAUAGAAUUAAAUACGCAAGUUGA